CUUUAUCCCUGCAACGGCUGACUGACUCGCUCACUUCAGUUUAACUCGCUCCACUCGUCCUCUUCUUCAUCCCUCCAUCUGCCUGUCACACGGUAAAAAGUCAUAUAGAGCUGUGAUAUAGGAGAGCUCCUUACUGGACACUCUAGAUGCCAUUAUGCUGACAAUUUCACAAUUCGUGGAACCCAGGAAUGUUGGGAUCCUCCUUUUGAGAUGACAACAGGAAGGACAAUAGAAUAAGAAUAAGAAAAUUUCCUCAAGGGUUCUUUGGGUUACACCCCAGCUGCUGAAAAGGAGUCCAAUGAUGGAUUGAUUGCUCAAAUGGUAAUGCUAAUCUGAUAGCCUUCUGUAAUCCAAUUAAACCAACCAACAAAGAAACAAACAAAAAACAUUGAGGGAAACAAACAGGGAGUGAGUGGAACUUCAUCUUGUGACCCCUCUGUCCUAAACUAAGGCACUUUUGUAGCACUAAUUGACAGCAGGUUGUUACCAUGGCAACCAACAGAGAGCGGCCUGUGGGUCAUAUGCCCGGAUUUUACCCAUUUGCUUUCAACCCGAUGCGAAGCCACGCGCCCUUUGAUCUCCUGGCCAGCGGCAGACUGUUCGGACGUUAUGGUGCGGAUCUUCAGAAAGAGAUGGCGGCGCUGUCGGUGGAGACUCGGAGUACGAGUUCUGAGGAACUGAUCCCGAGCUCUCCAUCUCCUCCUCCUCCUCCCCGAGUCUAUAAGCCGUGUUUUGUUUGUCAGGACAAAUCAUCAGGAUAUCACUACGGCGUCAGUUCCUGUGAGGGCUGCAAGGGUUUUUUUCGCCGUAGCAUUCAGAAGAACAUGGUCUACACCUGCCACAGGGAUAAAAACUGCCAGAUCAACAAGGUGACACGUAACCGCUGUCAGUACUGUCGCCUGCAGAAGUGCUUCGAGGUCGGCAUGUCCAAAGAAGCGGUGAGAAAUGACAGAAAUAAGAGGAAGAAGGAUGUAAAAGAAGAAGCUGUUGUGCCAGAAAGCUUUGAACUGAGUGGAGAGCUGGAGGAGUUGGUGAAUAAAGUCAGUAAAGCUCACAGAGAAACGUUUCCCUCUUUAUGUCAGCUGGGAAAAUACACCACUAACUCAAGUGCAGAUCACAGGGUCCAGCUGGAUUUGGGUUUGUGGGAUAAAUUCAGUGAACUCUCUACUAAGUGCAUCAUUAAAAUUGUGCAAUUUGCCAAACACUUGCCGGGUUUUACUUCACUCACCAUCGCAGACCAGAUCACACUGCUCAAGUCCGCCUGCCUUGACAUACUGAUGUUGAGGAUUUGUACACGUUACACUCCUGAGCAGGACACCAUGACCUUUUCAGAUGGUUUGACUCUAAACAGAACUCAGAUGCACAAUGCAGGAUUCGGGCCUCUGACUGACCUGGUCUUCUCCUUUGCUGAUCAGCUGCUUCCUCUGGAGAUGGAUGACACUGAGACCGGACUUCUGAGUGCCAUCUGCCUCAUCUGUGGAGACCGCAUGGAUUUGGAGGAGCCUCAGAGAGUAGAUCGGCUGCAGGAGCCCUUACUGGAAGCGUUAAAGAUCUACACACGGAGGCGCCGCCCCAAUAAACCGCACAUGUUCCCUCGAAUGCUGAUGAAAGUCACUGACCUGCGGGGCAUAAGCACUAAAGGUGCGGAACGAGCAAUCACACUAAAGAUGGAGAUCCCCGGGCCGAUGCCUCCACUCAUCCGUGAGAUGCUCGAAAACCCAGAGGUUUAUGAGGAAAGUCUUCCUUCUCCUUCUAUCCAGGCCAUUAAACGAGAGAGGGAUGAAGACUCCACCCCAGAAGAAGAGGAAGAUGAGGAGCAUGAGUGUGCAGAGGAGGAGAGAGAGAGAAGAGGAGGCAGUGAGGAUGAUGAUGAGUGGAGCAUCCUGCAGGUGGAGAUGGAGGAGAAGAAAAAGAAGAGCAUAACGGGUAGAGCACAGUGAUAUCAUAAUUAUCUGUAUUUUCCCUCGACACACACACAGUCAGGUCUAAACAUCCGAGUAUUCCAACAGGAAUUUAUUAAGAAAUGUUACUUUAACAUUUAUUGAACUCUAAUCCUGCAGACUUGUUUCCUGUAGAUUAGCCUUUAAACUGAAUCUUUACUUUAGAUUGUUAGUAUAAAAAGUGAUGAAUAAAGACACAUGUAAAAAAUUUUUUUAGAAACCUUGUCAAGUUACCUUAAAUUAGCCAGCUGGCUACGACUAAAAGGGCAAAAGUAAACAUUUAAUAAAUAUGAUUAAAAAAUUAUCUCAGAAUUCUUGUCAGUUUAGCUAAUGUUACCCACCUAGCUGUAGUUUAUGGUGAAAAAAAAAUAGGUAUUUACAAAUAUGACAAAAAUAUUUUUAUAAAUCCGUGAAGAGAUAUUCAUGUGAGCUAGCUUUUUAGAAUCUACUUUGAUUUACAUGUUGUUAUCUCAUGUUACCUAUCAUUCACACCAAAGACAACAUAUUCAUGAAAUGACUAUAAAUGACUAACCCUUAGCAGGUUCAAAGUAUAUAUCUUCAUAAAUAUUACUUAAACAACAUUCCAGAAACUUUCUCAGGUGAGGUCAUGCUAGCUAUCCAGAUAGCAAUAACAGGGAAAAAACAAACAUUUCUAAACAUUUCUGACCUGAAAAUCCUCUGUAAAAUGCUGUAAGAUUAGCUCAUGUUAAUCAGCUAGCACUAGACGCAAAGAUGCUAAAGAGCUGUUAAUGUUAGAAUGAGGAGUAAUGGUUAGAGGCAUUCCUUUCUAAAAGUCGAUUAGCUAGCAUUGUGGUAAACAUUUAUAAGCAACAAUUUAUGAGCAUGACAUAAUUUAUUUUUCUCAGAAAUAUAUGCUGGCUAAUUAGCUUUAAUGUAAUUAUUGUGAACAUCUACAAACAUAACCAAUAUUCUAACAGAAGGUCAAAGUCAGAUACCAGUAUUACAAGGAAAGAUUAAAAGUUUUUGUGUAAAUUGCUAAAAUCUUAUGAAUCAGCAGGGCCCGGUUUCUCAAAAGCUUCUUAUCGCUAAGUAGUUCUUAAGUUGUACCUUAACCUCUCUCUAAACGUUAUGGCGCAUUUCCCGAAAUGUUCUUACAGUACGCUAAGUAUCUUUUAGGUAAGUCACACGUUCGUAAGGUUGGUCUGGACCAACCUUAACUCACUCUUAGCCUAGUUUCAGCUUAAGUCGCCGCUACUGUGCAGCAGUCUUUAUAAAUAAGCGGUGUAUGGAAGCACAUUAUGGCACGUUAUCAAAGUCGUAUUAAUGAUGGAAUAUACUGUAGGCCUGUUUAAGAAUUUUAUUUUAUUUGAUAUCAGAACUAAUAGAGUGACUUUUAAUUAGCCUAUUUCAUAAUGUGACUAAUGCAUUAAAAUUGGCAAUCACUUUUAAUAUUAAACAGGUGGCAAACAAUUUGGCAGCGAUACAGCGUGUUGUUGUGCUAAACUGAAGACGGCGCUGUCCGCGGAGCCGUGUGGUUCAUGUAAAUUUUGCCUUUAGACAAAACUUCAGCCCUUUUCAUAUUUUCCCUGAGGUCGCUAUAAAAAAAAAGGUUUCGCCUUCCAAGGCAACAGAUUAUGGAGCUUCUUGACCUGCUCAGACCUGCACUUGCCAGGCCAACACGUUGUACAUUCGCUCUA